GGGUGUCAGUAAGUAUCUUCCAGGCAUGUAACGCAUAGAGAAAUUCUCUACUAACCUGGAAAAAGAAUAAGCAGGCUGGCCACCCGUAACAGUGCUACCUGAGGACAAGCUCUGUGAGUUCAUGGUCUGUCAGUGGUUUGAGCAGAGGGGCACAGGUUUUGAAGGUAAUAGUGUAAUGAUGGUGACAAGCUGGUGGACUUAAUUAUCUCCAAUGUGUUUGAGAAUUUAUCAUAAGAACAUAGUUAUUGAAGAUGCAAGACUGGAGAAGGAAUCUGACCUGAAUAGUCUGAGGACUGGCAGAAAGGAGUGAAGAAAUCAGGACAGAGACCUUUUGGAAAAAGGGCUCUCAGUAGCUCUUAUCCAGCACGCCUGAAAGAAUUCCAUGGCGAGGACCAAUAAUGUGACUGAGUUAAUUAUCAGCGGUCUUUUCCAGGAUCCAGAGGUGCAGAGAGCGUGUUUUGCGGUGUUUCUGCCCGUGUACUUGGCCAUGGUGGUGGGCAAUGGCCUCAUUGUUCUGACGGUUAGAGUCAGUAAGAGCCUGCAUUCCCCCAUGUACCUCUUCCUUAGUCACCUGUCGCUGGUGGAGAUCAGUUACUCCUCCACUGUUGUCCCUAAAUUCAUCACAGACUUACUCUCCAAGAUUAAGACCAUCUCCCUGGAGGGCUGUGUGGCUCAGAUAUUCUUCUUUCACUUCUUUGGAGUUGCUGAGAUCUUCCUGCUCACGGUGAUGGCUUAUGACCGCUACGUGGCCAUCUGCAAGCCCCUUCACUACACAACCAUCAUGAGCCGGCCUGUGUGCCACCGUCUGGUGGCUGCUUCCUGGCUGGGGGGCAUAAUUCACUCCAUGGUGCAGAUCCUCGUCACUGUCCAGUUGCCCUUCUGCGGUCCCAACGUGAUUGACCACUACUUCUGUGACCUCCAUCCCUUGUUCAAGCUUGCCUGCACUGACACCUCUGUGGAGGGGGUCAUUGUAUUGGCCAACAGUGGAUUAAUCUCUGUCUUCUCCUUCUUCCUCUUGGUGUCCUCAUACGUUGUCAUCCUGGUCAACUUGAGGAACCAUUCAGCAGAGGGGAGACGCAAAGCCCUCUCCACCUGUGCCUCUCACGUCACGGUGGUCGUCUUGUUCUUUGGACCCGCCAUCUUCCUCUACAUGCGGCCCCCCUCCACCUUCACUGAGGACAAGCUGGUGGCCGUGUUCUACACGGUGGUCACCCCCAUGCUGAACCCCGUCAUCUACACACUCAGAGAUGCAGAGGUGAAAGUUGCCAUGAGGAGGUUGUGGGGCAGGAAAGUUAACUCAGGGGUGGAACCUUAA